AUGUAUGGUCAUGUUGCUAAGCUAGCUGAUGAGAUCAAGAAAGGUGCUUCCUCUGUCGAAGGCGUGGAGGUUAAAGUGUGGCAGGUCCCUGAGAUCCUGAACGAGGAAGUCCUUGGCAAGAUGGGCGCCCCGCCCAAGACCGACGUGCCAGUGAUCUCCCCUCAGGAGCUGGCGGAGGCCGACGGCGUCCUGUUCGGGUUCCCGACGAGGUUCGGCAUGAUGGCGGCGCAGAUGAAGGCGUUCUUCGACGCGACGGGCGGGCUGUGGAGGGAGCAGAGCCUGGCGGGGAAGCCGGCGGGCGUGUUCUUCAGCACGGGCACGCAGGGCGGCGGGCAGGAGACGACGCCGCUGACGGCGGUGACCCAGCUGACCCACCACGGCAUGGUGUUCGUGCCGGUGGGGUACACGUUCGGCGCCAAGAUGUUCGACAUGGACAAGGUGCAGGGCGGCAGCCCGUACGGCGCCGGCACGUUCGCGGGGGACGGGUCGCGGUGGCCGUCGGAGAUGGAGCUGGAGCACGCCUUCCACCAGGGCAAGUACUUCUUUGAUGUGUGGUGUGGGCACUGUUAUGUUAAUUAUUAUGGCUUUGAUUGA